UGUUGUAACUAUAGAAUGUUUACGUAGAUUUUUAUUGUGAUUUCUAUUGAUUGAUUAUCUACAUUAUGUUUGUAUGGUUUAUAUAGGGAAUUCACUGUUAAGAUCACAUGGAAUGAGCCAAAUUUCAAAGCUUCAAAGAAUCGAUAUGAUGUAUGUCCAUCAACCUUAAUUGUGAGAAGAAUUAGCCAAUUUUAAAACAGAAAUAAAGCUGAGUCAUGGAGUUACUACAAAACGAUCCUAAAAGCAGUAACUUUAGCAGCGAUACAUGUUCUUUUCCUCUUGUUUCUGGCAAUAAGACAAGCGUCAUCUACGAGGGGUAUCUAUAUGGUGGAAUCCCGGAAAAUCUCAUAAUUAAUGCUGUUGUAUGGGUGGUUUUGCUGUUUUUGUUUGCGGUAUUAAGAAGGGUAGCAUGGGACUAUGGUAGAAUAGCACUGGUUAGUCGACAAGAGGAAAAUGACGAAAUAUCCAGGAGAGAAUCAGGAGAGAAUAAAUACAAUGUAUGGACUUCUUUGUUUUAUGGUGAACAUGAAGGAAACCGUCAUUAUGGUUCUAUGGAAUCCCUUGACUCACAGCUUCAUGCUCAAGACAGGGGAUUCUGUUCUUGGAUCACUGCAUUCAUCAGAGUAAAGGACUCAGACAUUGUAAAGAAAUGCGGCAUGGAUGCACUACAGUACAUCACAUUUCAGCGCUAUAUAUUACUGUAUGUGCUUGUUGUCUGUGUGCUUUCAACUGCCAUUAUAAUACCUGUCAACUUUACUGGCAGUAACAUUGGAAAUGCUACUGAUUUUGGGCACACUACAAUAGCUAAUCUUGAUGCAGAUUCAAACUUGCUGUGGAUUCAUGCCAUUCUAGCUGUUGUGUUCCUGGCAUUAGUUGUCAUAUUUAUGAGACAUUUCUCAGUCAAUCUCACCUUUGAUGAUGAUGAACAGGUAACCAAGACCCUGAUGAUAGCAAACAUUCCCAAAGAUAAAUGUUAUCGUAAUGGGAUAAUGCAACAUUUUCAAGAAGGAUACCCAGAGGUACAUGUACAAGAUGUACAAUUCGCAUAUGAUGUAGAAAAACUAAUGGAUCUUGAUAAUAAAAGGGCUGCUGCAAAAGAGGCACGCAUGAACUCUGAAAUAGAGUUACAGAAAACUGGACAUCGUCCAACAGUUAAACCGUACACUUGUGGUCAGUGUAUUUUCUGUGCAGAGUCCUGUGGUUGUGUUGAAUUGGAUGCUAUAACAUACUACGGAGAUGAAGAGACAAGAUUAGUGGAGGAAUGUGAGAAAGAGAAAGUGAACGCCUACAAGAGUUCCCUCGGUGUCGCUUUUGUUACCUUUGAAAAUGUCACCAUGGCUGAAAGUGUUAGGAAGGAUUUCAUACCCACAUGCUGCCACAUUUUCAAAACUAAACAGUUCUACAGGAUAAUGAAUGACUUCCAGCCAUCUUGUAAGGCUUCCCAGAAUCCUCAGCCAUCAUCUAUACAUGUUGACCUAAAUGUCGUAGAGUGGGAGGUCUCUUACGCUCCAUCUCCUGAAAAUAUUUAUUGGUCAAAGUUAUCCCUGAAUGGUUGGAAAUGGUGGUUAAAGGCAAUUAUAAUCAAUUUUGUAGUGGUAAUCUUGCUGUUUUUCCUGACCACACCUUCCAUUAUCCUGACUAACUUGGAUAAACUUAGUUAUAAAGAAUAUAUCAAUAAAACUCACAGUGCAUUACUUGUACAAUUUCUACCCACCUUAUUACUAUGGACUUUCACAGCCCUCCUACCAAACAUUGUAUACUGGUCAGACCAGUAUGUUGGUCACUGGACAAGGAGUUCAGAGCAUCAUGCUAUUAUGUUGAAGACAUUUAUAUUUUUGUUACUGAUGGUUCUCAUCCUGCCAUCCCUUGGUUUAACCAGCGCAAAAGCCCUGUUUGAUAUUUUUGUCCUAGACAAAGGCAAAACUACAAAAUGGAAUUGUAUAUUUCUGGCUGGCAAUGGUGCAUUCUUUGUGAAUUACGUGAUCACCUCGGCAUUUAUUGGCACUGCCCUCGAGUUGCUGAGAUUCUCUGAACUCUUCCUGUAUGGAAUUAAACUUUUAAUGGCUAAAUCAUCUGCUGAGAGAACUUCUGUAAGAAAGCAUGUGUUAUGGGAGUUCCAGUAUGGGAAUGAAUAUGCCUGGUUCCUAUGUGUGUUUGCUAUACUGAUGUCUUACAGUCUCUCAUGUCCCCUCAUUAUGCCAUUUGGUUUGGUAUACAUGAUAUUCAAGCAUAUAGUAGACAGAUAUAACAUCUACUUUGCCUACAAGCCUUCACGUAUCAGUCCACACAUACACUGGACCGCCGUCAACUUUGUUGUUGUCUCAGUUAUCUUUCUACAGUUCAAUUUUGUAUUCUUCUCCGUCGUAAGAGGAAGUUCAGAAACGCCUAUCUCCAUCUUCUCCAUUGUUGUUCUAUUUUUCACUCUCCUGUUCUUCUUUGGUCGAGUCUGUUUUGGCUGCUUCAAAUCAUUCAGUCCAUUUAAAACCAAUAAAUACAAGCAAUUUGAUGAACAGGCUCCAACUAGAAGUGACUCAAACCAGACAUUUGUGGCUAGUGUUUUAUCCGGCUCACAACCAAGAUCUAAGUCCUCUGGGUUAUCAGCAUCUGACACCCUUACACAGUCAUAUGGUGCCAUGGCAACUACAAAGGAUGCUGGGAAUGAAAGAAAUAUACAAGAUGAUGGAGAGGAAAUCACACAAUAUCAGCAAUGAUCGGACAGACUUUUCAGAGUGGGACAACAAUUUAAAGCCAAAAAAAUAAUCUCAGUUGCCUCCUAAAUGAUUUUAUAUAAUUAGUUAUUAUUUUAUCAUAUAAUUCAACAUGUACAGGCCAUUUUUCUCAUUUGAAAAACUUUCUUUAAUGUUUGCAUAAUCACAUCAAUUACAGUUAAGAAGAAAUGGGAUUUAUGAAGCUUUUUGUAACUCAUGUUUAAUGGAAAUUUAUUGAAAUAAUACAAGGAAUGUGGUUAUGAUAUUUAAAAAAGCAAGUAACACAUACGUGAAUUUGAAUAAGGUGGACAAUACAAAACAUGAUGUUAUGACAUUUCAGAUCUCUGCAAGAAAAUUGUGGAAAUUAGAUAUAAGAAUGGGUUUAAAAAACUGGGGGAAAAUAGUAUUUGAUAUAGGAAGUAAUACAAGUGGGCAGAAGUGCAAGAUUUUUUUUGUUUUUGUAAUUUAUUUUUUUCAAUGUUAGAAAUAAUGAGAAAGAAAUUGGGAAAGUACUCUUUAAAAUUGUAUGUUCCUAGUGUUUUUUGGUUUUUAUACUGUGAUGAUGAAAUUGAAUUAAGUCUGAUUUCAGGGUAUUGUUGUAAUAUAAUAGUAACCAUGACAUAGAAUAAGUCAAACUAUAUAACAUUUCAUGCAAAUGAGAAGUUGUCACUGUAUAUGUCAUGUUAUAAUGACAGUAAAUAUGUAUGUAGUUGCUUAAGUUAUAUUAUAUGUGUUCAUAUAAAUGUUAUAUAGUGAAGUUUGAUUGUAAAACAUGUACAAAUACAUGUAAGUGAGAGAAAUUGAAACAAGUUGUAAUUUAGUUGAGGGUGAAAGUUGGAAAAAUCAAGAGCAAAGUGAAAGAGAGAAAGUAAUUAUUACAGUUUAUUACAUGUUUUGCAGUAGAUUACUGAAUUAUAACGGUUAAUUAUAUUCUGAUAAUUUCACAGUAAUGAUUACCAAAUAUAAUUUCACAGUAGCCGAACUAUAUUUGGCGUAAAAACAAAAUAUUUAUCAUUAAUGAAUGUUUUUUUCAGCGGAAAUGUAGUCAAUCAUAAUAAAAAAUGUACGUGAUAACUGUAGUUCGUAAAUAUUUACGAACGUUGUGCUGAAAAACAUCUAAAAUCUAAAAAUAAUCAUGGAAUUAUAUUUUGCUUCAACAUUGUGACGUCAUUAUUUGAUGACGUCAUGAAGAUAAGAGCAUGACGUUACGCGGCAAAAAUCAGUAAAAUGGUGUAAAAAUCGUUAAAAAAUCAUGAAAUAAACAGAAAAUUUGUUUGUUUUACAUGUAAGAUCAAAUAAUAUUUCACUCGUGAACCCCAGCUAUUAUAUUUUCA